AUGAGCAACACGACGGGUUCCGACACUGUCCGAGAGGAUGAACAGAGACCGCCGAAGAAACAGAAGAGGGACAACAACGACAUCUUACAGAAGACGGAGAGCGGAGAAAGCAGCGAAGCCGUAUUCGACGCGACAACCGAAGCUGAAGGAGGAGACAUUGAAGACCAAGAGAAGGAUCAAGAACUCAUGAAGAGUUCUGAUGAAGAGGUUGAGGAAGAGGAGGAAGAAGAAGAUGAGGAGGACUCUGAAGAGGAUCGAGGGCGAAGGAGGGAUCGGCAGGCGUCCGCUUCCCGGACAAAGUCCCGGGAACAUUCGCAUUCCAAGUCUCGUUCUAGAUCACACAAGGGAGAGGAGCAUGAGCGUCGUACAGUGAUCAAAAUCGUCGAUGGCAAGGAGGUUCGCCAACAUAUCUCACGGGACCGGUACCACAGCCGUUCGGUCAGCAACAAUCAGCAGACGAAAAGUUCGACAGAUCGUUCCGGAGCCACUUCAACAACAAAGGAUGGAACCCAGCGGAAAGACGAGCAAUCUCAUUCUCGCGAGCGAGUAAGAGUAUCCAUGUCGCCAGAUGGAUGUUCGAAUGACUCUAACACUCUCGAGUAUGAGAAAGACAGUAACGGAAACGUUAAGAACCUGGACGGCUGUGACAAAGACAUUACUCCUGAGGACGUGGACAAUGGUAAAACCGUUGACGAAUCCUCGUAUGGAUACGAGAGGUGCGACGAGCGAGAAGCAUCGAGGUCUCGUUCCAGAAGUAGAGAAGGAAGUCGAGAUCGCCAACGGAACAGAUCUAGAGAGCGAAACCGAGGAUAUGAAGGAUCUGUCGAUAUCAACGGAGAAGGCAAAGACGGGAGAAAUAAAACGAAGUCUAGGUCUCGAGAACGUGGCGAGAACUCAUCUACCACAACAGUGUCUGAAUGGUCUCAGGAUUCACAUGGGAACAGGAGGAGUGUUAGCCGCACGGAGGUCAAACAUAACUCUGGUGAAGAGUCUAGGACACAUGAUGGCAGCGAAGAGGAGGGGGAAGGAAAAGAAUCCUGCAGCGUGAUUGCUACAAACCUCCCUAAUUCAGCAACUCAUGCUCACGUCCGGGAAAUUUUUGAAAGGAUUGGAGCUGUUAGAAACGUCGAUGCUAUGGAGCUCAGUUACAGAUUCCGACGACGAGCCAACCAGUACGAGAGAUCUGACAAGGGUUCUGAGAAUAACUUCAUGGUCACUUUCUACAACAAGGAUGACGCGAGUGAGGCCGUUUACAGGAUGAACGGUAGCCAGAUUGAUCAUGAGGUCAUCAGUGUCACGCUUUACAAGAAGGAAAAGCGAGCAGACUUCAAACAAUAUCCCAGGGAAGAAACAAAGAAGAAGAGCUACGAUACUGGGUGGGUUUCACGGGGCGAGAAGGGAGACAAGAGUGAAAAGAGCAGAAGUUUGCGCCGUGAUACAAGUCGAGGCAGAUCUUAUAGCCGAGGGCGAUCUUACAGUUGCGACAGAUCAUACAGCCGAAACAGCUACAGAGAUGGAGACCGGUCAUACGACCGCGACAGAUCGUACAGUCGGUCGUACAGUCGUGAUGGGUCGUACAGAGAGGGUAGUCGCGGACGAUCUUACAGUCGAGACAGGUCUCACAGUCGAUCUCGAUCUCGAAGAGCUGCAAGAUCCUACGGGGAGACUAACAGCUCUCAUUCAAGUCCCAGACAAGCUCAGCAUCGAAGAAGAUACAGAAGCCGUUCGCGAUCGCUUACCCCAAGGAGGUACAACCGGUCUCCCAAAAGAUUGUCUAGAUCUCAGUCUAGAUAA